AUGUUGGAGGACACCAUAAUCUGCUCAUGUAAGAAAUUCGUGAAGGAUGGGUUGUCAUGCAGGCACAUGUUUGUUGUUAUGCACAACAUUGGUCUCAAAGCUAUUCCACAGAAGUAUGUUAUAGGUAGAUGGCUGAAGGAUGCUGGGAAAAGUGUGUUAUCGAUUGACAACAUAAAAACACACAACUUUCCAUUAUUUUCAGAGGCGUUUAGAUGCAUCGCAAUUGCUGAAGGGAACGAGGCGUUAACUGAGUCACUCAUGGUUGAACUUAAAAAAUGGGCAGAUACCAAUGAGACUCAGUCCACAACCUCUGCAACUGCUAAGGAAAAAAUGUUCCAGACGUUCUAUAGAUCCAAACUACCCUCUGAAAUAACCAUACAUCCGCCAGACCCGGUAAAAACUAAAGGCAGUGGGAAGCGUUUGAAGUCUACUUAUGAGAAAGAGCUCCAGAAGGCCAAGAAACCAAAGAGAAGGUGCAAAAAAUGUAGACGCCUGGUCCGUCAUGAUUCGCGCAAUUGUGGAAAGGUUGUUGAGGAGGAGAGCGAUGAUGAUUAA